AACUUGUUACGUUCCUUAUAUUCUGGUUGCUUGACAUUUAAUCACUGUUGUGUUUAACUCCAAAUCAAUGAGAACGCUAUUAGCAUUAACCGCUGACUUUUGUAAACUACCUAACGUUAGCUAACUAACUAAGUAGUCGGCUAACCAACCUAACUAGCAGUCAUAUCCAGCUAGCUUAACAGUUGCUAGUUAACCAGUUACUUCUCCGAUAUAAUUAGCUAGCUAGCUUACGUCAAAACUGGCCAGUACAGUAGGCUCUCUCUCUAGCUAGUCGAAAGCAAACCCUAUCAGCUGUUGCUGUUAUUCAGGAUGCCAGAUCUACCAGCUAGCUAGCAUGACAGCUACGGCAGUAGACACCACGCUAAUGCAACUGGAUUCCACCUGUGUGGAAGUAACCCAACUACAUUUGCCAGUGAGUGACAGAGAGAGAUAUCUACUUGUAUCUGUAGAGAUCUGUGUCUGUAGGCAGGGCAGCCAUGUCUAGGAAGCAGACAGGAAAGCCACUGCGUGGCAGCAACAGAAAGUGUGAUGCGGAGCGAAAGCGGGAUGAGCGGGUCACGCGCAGGGCAAUCGCCAAGGACCGCAAGAACCGGCCCCAGGACGGGGACGAGGGAGAGGAGUUUGUCAGCUUCUCCAACCAGCUCCAAGCGCUGGGGCUCAAACUGAGAGAGGUGCCUGGAGAUGGUAACUGCCUGUUCCGGGCUCUGGGUGACCAAUUGGAGGGACACUCUCGAGGACACCAGCGCCUGCGCCAGGAGACUGUGCAGUACAUGAUGGCACACCGGCAGGACUUUGAGCCCUUUGUGGAGGAUGAUGUGCCCUUCGCACAGCAUUUGUCAAACCUCUCCCAGCCUGGUACGUUUGCUGGCAAUGAUGCCAUCGUGGCGUUCGCCCGUAGUCAACAGCUCAAGGUGGUCAUUCAUCAGCUCAACACCCCACUGUGGGAGAUAAAUGGCUCUGAGAAGCUGGUUGGCCGAGAGCUACACAUUGCCUAUCGCUAUGGAGACCAUUACGACAGUGUACGACCAAUCGGUGACAACUCUGAGAGCCCUGCUCAGCUGCGUUUAGAGAAUCUUCAUAAUUCGAGUGUGCAGCGUGAGUUUGGUGACGGCCAGAGGGACAGACAGAAAGCCCCCUCGCCCACCCCCUCCGAGGAGGACAAUGUGAUCCUAAGUUCCCUGAAGAACAGGGGCCCAAACUGUGAAGAGGAGAAUCUAUUUCAGCUGAGUGCCGCCACCAUCAACGCUGAGUGGCUGGUCGAUUCUGAGCUAGCUGCCCAAGUGUGUCACGGCCAGUGUGCCUUUGGAUCCUGCUCAGCGUGUAGACCGGCAGCGACAGAGUGCAGUGAGCACAAACCACCACCAGGUGGAGGCAACAUACACAAAUCCAAGGCUUCAAACAAGCAGAGGAAAGAGCAGCAGCGCUUGGAAAAGAAAAAGCGACAGGAGGAAAGACAUCGACAGAAGGUUCUUCAAAGCAAAGGAACACCUGACCAAAACCAGAACCUCUCGGAGCCGGUCACUCUAGUGCCAGCUCUAAAUACACUUAGUAUAUAGACAGA